UUCCAAAAUACGCCGAGAGUAUUCCUGAUGGUGAAACGAGCGUUGCUUCAUCGAACGCAGCUAAAGAAAACAACAUCUAUGUAGUUGGUGGUACGAUGCCUGAAAUAGGGGGCGAUAAAUUGUACAAUACCUGUACUAUUUGGGGUCCCGAUGGAACUUUGAUAGCAAAACACCGAAAGGUACAUCUAUUCGACAUCGACAUUCCUAAUAAGAUUACUUUUCGAGAGAGUGAUUCACUCAGUCCUGGUAACUCCCUAACGACGUUCGAUGUGAAGGGCUGCAAAAUAGGUAUUGGCAUUUGCUAUGAUAUUAGAUUCGAGGAAAUGGCACGCAUUUAUCGGAACAAAGCAUCUGAAAAACAAGAUAUCUUCGAGACAGCGUGGGUUUUCUUUCCAACUUUCUUAACUUUCAACAAUAAAAUUUUCGUCAAACGAUACAAUCUAUCCAACAAAGUUCUUGUAGACAGCCAAUCUCGUAAGAACAUAGAUCUUCUUCAAGUAUUAUUCUUCACAAUGCUUCGUGUGGAAUUUCUACUUGACGAGUUAUUAUUAAACGAUUAAAAGCUUAUUAUUAUACGAUAAUGUAAUAUCGUAGAAUAGCUUUGAUUGGAGAUCGGCUGAAAUUAGAAAACACCGUGUACGCCGUCUUUUUGUGGUUUGUUUACAUCCAAGAGCGCCUAGUAACAAUGACGCGAGAAAAGAUAAGCAGCGUCAAAACAGAAGUACGGUUUCAUAUUUCAAGGAGUGGCAAUCGAGAGGCCAGAGUAUGUGAGCCGAAAAGUGUGUGUGUGUGUGUGUGUGUGUGUGUGUGUGUGUGUGUGUGUGUGUGUGUGUGUGUGUG